AUGGCUGGACCUGUCACCCUUCCACCACUACGAAACAUAACACGUCCUUUUGAAGGACUGGUUGCAAUAAAGAUUUCAAUCCGUGACCUCAAAUCGUUAUCUUCUUUUGUGAACCUGGUAUCCUUAUCAGUUGAAAGAGUAAAAAAUGCAAAGCCUGCACUGCAUCUUUCAAUCCAAGAAUAUAGAAUCAGGAAUGUUUGCUCUGUGGAGAACCUACAAAAAAGGUUCCCGCUAGUGGAUGGUGUGAAAAGAAAGCUUUUGUCACAACGUCUUCAAGUCACUUUUGCAUCAUUAAUAAAGUCCAGGGAGAAGUUAAAAUCUCCAGGUAAAAAGGUUAAAAAUGAAAUAGCUUCCGGAGGACCUAAUAUAGGAACUGAUCAUUACACUGUAGAAGAUGCGCAUGGAGUGAGGAUGGGAGGACUUGGAAGCUCCGAAAUGCAAAGGCAGCGAUUCUCCUUUGAAAUUGAGAAAUUAAAGAGCACUAGCUAA